AUGUCCAACCUGGCUGAAGGCAGCCUGUAUGAUAACUUGUCCAACCUGGCUGAAUGCAACGAGUAUAAUAACAUGUCCAACCUGGCUGAAGGCAUCAUGUAUGAUAACAUGUCCAACCUGGCUGAAGGCAGCCUGUAUGAUAACAUGUCCAACCUGGCUGAAUGCAACGAGUAUAAUAACAUGUCCAACCUGGCUGAAGGCAUCCUGUAUGAUAACAUGUCCAACCUGGCUGAAGGCAGCCUGUAUGAUAACAUGUCCAACCUGGCUGAAUGCAACGUGUAUGAUAACAUGUCCAACCUGGCUGAAUGCAACGUGUAUGAUAACAUGUCCAACCUGGCUAAAGGCAACGUGUAUGAUAACAUGUCCAACCUGGCUGAAGGCAGCCUGUAUGAUAACAUGUCUAACCUGGCUGAAGGCAGCCUGUAUGAUAGCUUGUCCAACCUGGCUGAAGGCAGCCUGUAUGAUAACAUGUCAAACCUGGCUGAAUGCAAUGUGUAUGAUAACAUGUCCAAACUGGCUGAAUGCGACGUGUAUUAUAACAUCUCUAACUUAGCUGAAUGCAAGGUUUUUGAUAUGCCUAAACUGGCUGAAGGCAGCCUGUAUGAUAACAUACACAAAUGGUUUGAUAGCAUGUUGAAACUGGCAGAACACAACGUAUUUUCAGAUGACAUGGAACCAAAUGAUGACGUCAUAUAUUUUAAUUCACAGUAA